AAAUGCGAUUUCGGUCGGCUUGAUUUUACACACAGCUUCGAUUGCGCAAGACAGUCGACAUGCAUAUUGAUGGUGUGUUUGGUACCGGUUCCGCUAUUUCGGUAUUUCUUUUGUAGUUGCAAUAACCAAAUUAACCUCAGCGAACUUUAGACGAAUGGACACAUCUUAAUGAAGUUACUCAGAUAUAUACAGAAUGCAUUGGCUGUGAUUGUCCCCAGAGGAAGACAAGGAACACUGCCACUGAAGCUAGCGAGAAGAUCUCUCCCGGGAUCUCUACUGGACAAGAUGGGGAGGGCCUACGUGAGAUGCGUCGAAGGGGAGGAGAAUAUGAACAUAUCCUUUUCAUACAGAAACAAACAGAGCAGUUUGAAUCGUCCACAAAAUGAAGCUUUAGAAAAAGCUCUUGCCCGUAUCCAGUGUACCUUAAAGAAACAUAUGGAUAAGGAAUUGAAGAAAAGGAAGAAAAUGAAACUGGAUGAUUCUGUUGCUCCUUUGAAUCCAAAUGAGAAGCCGAAUGAUGAGUUGAAUGUAUUUCUCAUGUCUAAUGAUAACACGUUCAUUGAUGUCAAUGUUCUGAAUGAAAAGGCAUGGAGAGAUGGAGCAGUGCUGUCAGUUGGUGAAAUGCAGUAUGAAGUAUGCAGGAAUUUUCCCUCCGUUCUACGUCUGUGUCUACCAUCGUUUGUAUUGGUUGGUUGCCCUGUGUUUCCACGCAUCACAACAGAGUUUGUCAAAGAAGAAUGGAAUACUUACCAGUGGUUUCGACAAGUUAACAAAGACAUGAGCGAAAAGGAUGUGAAUAAAGAAAGCUCCAAUGAUGCAACAAAAACUGAACAUGAUCUUGAAUGGUUAGAGGUGGGACAAAGAAAGACGUACACUCCAACAUUAACUGAUGUUGGGUCAAAGUUGAAACUUCUGUGCACUCCUAAGAACGGAGAGAAAUUUGGAGAAGGAAAGGAAUGUGUCACCAUGAGAGCAGUCAAGUGCGGACCAGAAGUGUACCCAUUUCAGAAACGCCAUGAAUUCACCAAGAAUAGGACUACACCAGAUUGUUUACGUAUCUUUUCUUACAACAUCCUUGCUGACAUGUACGCUGACUCUGACUUCUCUCGAGACUACCUCUACCCAUACUGCUCACCUGUAGCUCUUGAUAUCGACUACAGAGAACAGCUUCUGCUCAAGGAAAUAUCAGGUUACAAUGCAGAUAUCCUGUGUCUUCAGGAGUGCGGGAAGAAGUUAUAUGAGUACAGCUUGAAGCCCGCCCUCACUGACCAGGGUUAUAAAGGUCUGCUCAUCUGUAAGACAAGACAAACACCAGAAGGAGAGGCGCUCUUCUACAGAGAAGAUAGAUUUAGGUUGCAUGAGCAGUACGACAUCUCCUUAGCUGAAGCCUUCCAGAAAGAAUCCUCAAACAGUGAUCUUGUAGAAGCUGUCUCAAAAUCACCGGCUAUGCUCAACCAAGUCCUCACAAGAAGCAGUGUACUACAGGUUGCUGUCUUGGAAGACUGUCAUGAUCCAAGACGAAGGAUAUGUGUGGCCAAUACACAUCUGUAUUUCCAUCCUCGAGCAGGUCAUAUACGGUUAAUACAGACCAUCACCAUCUUGAGACAUCUACAGAAGAUUCAACAGCAACACCUGGAGAAGAAUCCAGAUAUCAAAUUGGCAAUGAUACUUUGUGGGGAUCUGAACAGUGCGCCUACUUGCCCUGGUGUGUUUGAGCUCCUCUCCAAGAAACACAUACCAGAGAAUAAUGUGCAAUGGUAUUGUGGAGGGAAAGAAGAGUUCUGCGGUGGAAUGACCCUAAGUCACUCUCUUGACUUCACCAAUGCCUGCACCAGUCAAGAGUACACCAACUUUGUAGCAGGGUUUGUGGCUUCUCUGGAUUACGUUCUGAUUGAUAGCAAUCACCUAGAGGUCCUCAGGGAAAUCCCCAUGCCUGAUCAUGAUGAUGUCAUCGCUCAUGUGGCUCUACCCAAUGAAGUCUUUCCCUCCGAUCAUCUAGCAAUAGGCUGUGAUGUCAGAUGGAAGAAUACUUAGUAGCUAUCAUGCCAGGCUUUACUUCUCACCUCUUAAGAGCCAGAAGGGCAUUGUUGUUAUUAAUUCUGUGUUAAUUUACAAAUACAUGUAGAUUGUUAUUGAUAAGAUACUGCUAGCAUUGUAUUUUAUAGAAUAUAGGAAGAGCUAUAUCCCUAUAAUAAUGAAAUAAUCUAACUAUGUUUUUAAUAAGUAACUGACUUUUGAUGAUCAUUUAUUGGAACUAGCAGGGUUGUUUAAAUGAACUGCAUGCAUUACACAUUGAAAAGCAAGUCUUUCAGAUUAGCUGGUUAGUAAUCUCUUGAUUAAUUUUGAAAGUACCUAUAAAACAUUGAUUAGAUGUUGGAAUCAUCAGAUUAAACUUGCUUGUUACUAACCUUGAUAUCUGUACAGAUUUGGAAAAGCUUGAUUAGAUUUUUUUAGGAAGCUAGUACAUGUAUAUUUGAAAGCAUUCUUCUGCCUAUCUGGCUGUCUUUAAUAAGUUUCUGUCAUAACAGUUACUCAUUUUGAUUUAAGUUAACAUGGCCGUUUUAAUCUUGAUGGUACAUUGAUUUAGUAUAGAAGAUUCUCUCUGUCUCUGUCUCUCUCUCUCUCUCUCUUUCUUUCUCUC